AUGACAAAUUGCCUGCCCUCUCUUGGUGAAGGGAUAGCAUCGGGGAUGCAGAUGCUUGCAAUGGCAUUGGCUGGGCAGCAGCAACAAGUCUGUGCCCCAUACCCUCCUCACCCAUAUCAACCCAAUUUUAAUAGCAUGCCUAACCACUAUCAGCCAAGACAGCCACAACCCUACCCACACGCAGGAAAUGAACUUCCAAGGGAUGUUUACCAGUUUCUUGCAGAUCAAGAAGAACAUGAUCUUCAUUCUCUAUGA